AUGGAACAUUUUACAUCAAGUCUCGAAGAAAAUAAAGCUUAUUCCGAUGUUGAACCAAUCGAAUCGAAAGUUAGUCCACCUAAUAUAACUUGGCAACAUACAUGGUCAUUUAAUGAAACAGAAAAUGCUCUGACACAAUCUGUAUUUGCUAGAAUUCCAAGCGAAAUCAUGUUACGCAUAUUCAAAUUAUUUUCUGUACCAGAUUUAUGUAACGUAUCAUUGGUUUGCCGACGAUUUAAAAUGAUUGUUGAUCAAGAUGAAAUUUGGAAAUUGAAAUGCAAUUCAUCGAAAAAAAUAUAUUCAAAAUCAUUCAAACAAAUUUAUCUCGAUUGGAUUUAUAUGAAAUGUUUACGCAAUGCAAAACUACGGGCGAUGAGUGACUGGUCCGAUUCUGCAUGUGACAUAGAUCUACCACCUUCAUAUCCUAUUCGACCAACCGAUAAUCAACAGUUUGAAGCUAUUGGUGGAUUUCACCAACAUCCGAAUUCAUCAUCAUCUAUGACUAUUAAAUUAUCAGUUGACAUUGAAAAAACAGCUCGAGAACUUAUUAAAUUACUAGAAAAAGCGUUGAAAUUUCAACGACAAUGGCAACAACCAUCAAUUGUAAAACAUAUGAUAACAAGAUAUUAUAGAUUUAUGCAACUGAAAGCAUCUUAUCCAUCAAAUAUUUUACUUGUUCCAACUUUGGAUAUUGAAAUUGUUUGGCAAACACAUCUUUUACGGCCAGCAAUGUAUCAAGCAGAUUGUCUUCGUUUGUUUCGUCGAGUUAUUGAUCACUCAUUAUUAAUCACUGAUAUUGAAAAGUUUUUGAAAGAUCAAGCAUUUCGAGACACAUGCCAACUAUACGAACAACAAUUUGGUCAACAGUAUUGCCCAUUGCCAUCAACAUAUACAAAAAACAAUGCUACAUCAAACUUUCAUCAUUAUCCGUUAUAUAUAGACACCAAUACUAAUUCUACUUAUUCUUAUUGGGAUAAAACUCAUUUUGAAUUCUCAUCUGAACAACCCAACGAUUAUGAAAAUCCUUUUUCAUUUACUGAAGGUAACCUAAUCACGGAUGGAAAAUGGCUUGAUUUAUGUAAACAAUUUAUGUCAAAAGCAUUAAAAACAGCUCCUCUUGACGACUAUCAUCGUACUUGGUCAAGUGGAAUUGAUCUGGAACCUGGAGCAAUCAAUCGACUAAAAAAAUCAUAUGAACGAUUUUUGUAUAUAGCAGCUAAAUAUCCUUUAAAAGAUGGUCACGAAUUCAUACGUCCAACAUAUGCGAUCGACAUCAUGUGGCAUUCUCAUAUGCAAGAGCCAUUAAACUAUGUCGCCGAUUGUGUUCGAAUUGUUGGCUAUGUCAUCUAUCAUUCUCCGUGGCCAAUAAAUAAAGAUGAUACAAAGAAUAAAACAUGUAUUCAAGCGAAUAAACUUUGGAAAGAUGAAUUUAAAGUUGAUUUAAUGAUAGAUCAUCUAUUUAAUACAAUUGAUGACAAACUCGACGAAGUCUUCUAA